UUAAUUGAUUGGGCGGGGCCCAAUCAGGGGAGGAUCGUGUCUUUGAUCUCUUUCUGCCCUUUUCCAAGAUGGCGCUCACGCCACGCUGGAAAUGCAGCGUGAAGCCGCAGUUCUGCCAUUACUCAAGAUGGCUGCCCCCAUCAAGAUGACCGGGGUGUGCCGGGGGGAAAGGGGCAGCACAGUGGUCUGAGACGGUCUACCCACGGACCAUGUGGAAGUUCCUGGGACUGGGGAUCCGACUGAUGGGGGGUGGGGUCCGUGGGGGCUAGAAGGAGCGAAAGCGUCCAUUCCCAGGCUAACCCCGGCCCCUCCCCCGUUUCCUGGACUGAAAUGGGGAACACGUUAGGCCUGGCACAGAUGGGGGCCUUGCCUCGCCGGAGCCCCCGUCGAGAUGAACCUCUGCCUAACCCUGGAAGCUUCGAUGAACUGCACCGGCUAUGCAAAGAUGUAUUCCCAGCACAGAUGGAGGGAGUGAAGCUCGUUGUCAACAAGGUUCUGAGCAGCCAUUUCCAGGUGGCUCACACUGUGCAUAUGAGUGCUCUUGGCUUGCCUGGCUAUCACCUCCAUGCAGCCUAUGCAGGGGACUGGCAACUUAGCCCCACUGAGGUAUUCCCCACUGUGGUAGGGGACAUGGACAGCAGUGGCAGCCUCAAUGCCCAGGUCCUGUUCCUCCUGGCGGAGCGGCUCCGAGCCAAAGCUGUCUUUCAGACGCAGCAGUCCAAGUUCCUGACUUGGCAGUUUGACGGCGAGUAUCGAGGAGAAGACUACACAGCUACCCUGACCCUCGGAAAUCCUGACUUGAUUGGGGAAUCAGUGAUCAUGGUCGCUCACUUCCUGCAGAGCCUCACUCAUCGGCUGGUGCUGGGAGGAGAGCUGGUUUACCACCGGCGACCAGGCGAAGAGGGGGCCAUCCUCACACUGGCGGGGAAGUACUCUGCUGUGCACUGGGUAGCAACAUUGAAUGUGGGAUCAGGUGGGGCCCAUGCAAGUUAUUACCACAGGGCAAAUGAACAGGUUCAGGUUGGAGUGGAGUUUGAAGCAAAUACAAGGUUACAAGACACAACCUUCUCCUUUGGCUAUCACCUGACUCUGCCUCAGGCCAACAUGGUAUUUAGAGGGUUGGUGGAUAGUAACUGGUGUGUGGGUGCUGUACUAGAGAAGAAGAUGCCCCCUCUGCCCGUCACCCUAGCCCUUGGGGCCUUCCUCAGUCAUUGGCGCAACAGAUUCCAUUGUGGCUUCAGCAUUACUGUGGGCUGAGGUUGUCCCAGAGUUCAUCUCCACAGCAGCUGCCACCUCCAAGGCAGUGCCUGAGGGCCAGCGACUAGGCCUCUCUCCAGAGCCCACCUCACUGGGUGGCUAGGUCUGAGGAACAGAGUGGGGGACAGGACCCUGCCCUCUCAGAACUGUGUGUGGGGCUGCUAUGGGGCAGCUGAGAGGCAGUGGUCUGAGGCCCUACCUCUGCCAUCGGCCCCCUUGUCCUCUUCCCAUGCUCUGUGGCUCUGGACUAAGGGAGAAAGAUUAAGGGGUAUGUCUGGCUGAAUUUUCCCUCCUCAUUCCCCUCCUUCAUUUCCCUGUGGAUUAAAGCUCUCAGCUCUUCCUCUUGAGAACAGAAAGUCUUCAUAGGAUUAGUUUCCCAUUGUUUCCCAUCUCAGGCUGAGAAUGAAGGGCUACAUCUCUGACCUCAGAAAGUGGGGCCACCCAUUCCCUAAAGGAAUUUCUGUAUCCCUUUGCCCCGAGACUUUCUCCUUCCCCAUCUUCUAUAUUUCCAGAGAAUAACUGUGUCCCCGGGGGUCACCUUCCUGUAUCCCCAAACCUGCCAUGACCGCAUGAAGAGGCAGUUAUUGCUUUA